CCGGUGCUUACCUAAACCUUCACGCCCUACGUGGCCCACAGGAUAUAAGACUACUUUUCUUGGAGCAUAAAAACGACCGAGAAUGGUGAUGACCUGAAGUUGGUUUGUAUUCGAGGGUUUCAAGCCAGUCUUGGGACGCAGCAAACAUGGCCAAUGUCCAGGUCACAACGCGACAAGCAUACCGUCGGACGGAUGAUUAUACUCCAGGCAAACCGAGGGUGGAGCUUGUGACCGAAGACCUACCGCUUCCACUCGCUGCGACAUCCGUGUUGAUCAAAGUCCAUGCCGUGUCCCUCAACUACCGAGAUGCCAAUAUCGCCAACGGUGGCAACCCAUGGCCGGUCACGCCACAUGGUUUACCAUGCAACGACGCAGCCGGCGAGGUAGUUGCUGUUGGUGAAGGAGUAAGGACCUUCAAACUUGGAGACAGAGUCGCGCCCAUCAUCGACACGGAGAAUCUGACUGGGCGGGAAUCGAAAAGGUCUUGGUUAGCGGCGGAUGAGGAUGGAGUGCUGGCCGACUAUCUGGUCUUUAGUGAAGAGAAGCUGACCAAAUUGCCGGUACAUUUGGACUGGGUCGAAGCCUGCCUCAUCCCGUGCGCCGGAGUGACCGCCUGGACUUCUCUGCUAGGCAUUGGUAUUGGAAAGAGCGUCUUGAUCCAAGGCACGGGUGGCGUCGCCAUGAUCGCGCUGAAACUCGCUCGCACAGCAGGACUCAAGGUAAUUCUCAGCUCCUCAAGUGAUGCCAAACUGGAGAGGAUAAGACAACAAUUCUCGAACCCACCACUUCUCACCGUCAACUACGCGACGAGUUCCCAAUGGCACGAAGAGGUCCUGAAGCUUACCAACGGUGCCGGUGUUGAUCUGGUCGUCGAAAUCGGCGGCACCCAAACCCUGGUGAAGAGCAUGAAAUGUACACGGCGAGGUGGGACCAUCAGCCAAGUCGGGUAUUUGAGCAAACAGAACACUGAUGAUCUGGCUGAGUUUCUUCCCCUUCUCAUUGAUCGCAGAAUCAAUCUAAGGGGAAUCGAUGCCGGAUCAAGGCUCGAGCAGGAGGAUCUUUGUGCUGCCUUGUCAGCGACGCAAAUGCGAUUCGAUGACGUUAUCGACAAGGUGUAUGAUUUCUGUCAGGCUGACGAGGCGAUUGAGGAUAUCUGGCAGGGGAGACAGGUUGGGAAGCUCGUAAUCCGGAUAGGAUGAGGCAGGAUUGCCUUUCUCGGGACUGGCAUUUGAUAGUGCACGUACUCUGGUAGGCAAUUCCGCACCAUCUUGAACAAGCGGAUGAAGGACCUUGAAGGGUCCUUGAAAUCGUGCUGGAUCAGGUAUGUCGUCGAGGGCAAGCCAUCGACGUUGCGCGGGGUCGUUGUAAGGCUAGCGCC